CACAAACUUGCUCACUGUGCAAAAAGACGCAUUUACAUUUAGGAGCGUUAUGACAAACUCGAUAAAUUAGACCGUCGAGUAACUCAUAAACAUGUUGAGCCUGGAGACUUUUGAGAGUCAGAUAUCGGCUCUAAUGGAGACUGUGGUGGACGCGGCGGUGACGGAGCUCAGCAGACUUCUGGCUAACGUUGUGGCCGCUCAGAAGCGCUCUGCUGCGGCUCCAGGAACGGCUAUGAAGAGCGAAGAGGAAGAGAGCGAAGUGACUCCAUCGGAGGACAAAAACCCGUGUAAUGAAGCUAUAACGAAGCAGUUUGCAUCCCUCAUGGAAUCAUGGACCAAAGGUGCAGUAGAGCAAAUACUGAUGAUGUUGAAAGUGUCCAUGUGUGAAGCAGAGGAUGGUCCUCCUGCAGAGCAGAGGGCUGGGCUGAAUGACAAGACGAGACCGACGAGCACGAAGCCGAAAGCAGGGCAAGUGGCCGGGCCCAAAAAGCCUCAGCCAGAAUCAGCAUCCAGAAGCUCUCGUCAGAAAAGAAAGAAAAUGGAGGGUGGACCUGAACCAGCAAUAACAAAGGAGAAUGACCACAUAUAUCACCGAGUUUCAGCUGACGCAGCCACACAUGAGAGGAACUCUGGGUCCCCAUCUGAACCUGAAGCUAUGCUUACCGAGGCCACGUCAGAGCAGGCCUCCGGUGUAAGCAUGGAGGAUGGCGCCCAUGACCAUACAGACACUUCAGCUACCACAUCCAGAGUGAAAAAGAAGAAGACCACAGGGCUGUUGAAGUGUCCUUCUUGUGACAAAUUGUUUGCUAUGAAGUGUACGAUGGAAAAACACUACCUGACUCACUCCAAACCUCACAUUUGCCCCGAGUGUGGGAAACGUUUUGCUAGACAACAGCAGCUCAUCGCACAUUCAAGACGUCACAGCGGCGAGAAGCCCUUCAAAUGCUCCGAGUGUGGGACACAGUUUGCUCACAAGUCGACCUUCGUCAGACACAUGCGUCAGCACCGCCUGAAGAAACCGAGCACCCACACGUGCGUGCUGUGCGAGAACCAGUUCACCGGGGUGUUGGCACUCCAGCGGCACAGGUGUUGCGCCUUGAAAAAGACGUUUGUCUGCUCGCUCUGCCCGGAGACCUUCGAGUGCCGACAGAGUUUGGCCGAUCACGAGAAUCUGCAUUCGGGAGAGCGAGAUUUUAUCUGCGAAAUGUGCGGCGAGAGUUUCUUCUCGUCCUCGUCCUUGGCCACCCACCGGGUGACGCACACGCAGAAGGAAAACUGCUGCGACAUGCUCGGCCUCGGGUGCAGCGACUCGAGCGUCCUCAGAAAUCACCUGAGCAAACACAGCGGGGAAAAGCUCUUCUCCUGCGAGGUUUGCGCCAAAGGCUGCAGUCACAAGAGCGCUCUGCAGCACCACAUGCUGACCCACACGGGAGAGAAGCCGUACGUCUGCGAGACCUGCGGCAAACGCUGCGGCCACGCCAGCGCGCUCCAGAACCACAUGAGGAUCCACACGGGCAAGAAACCGGGGCAGCAGCCGGCCUGCGACGUGUGCGGCAAAAACUUCCGCAGCUCGGUCAAUCUCAAAUAUCACAUGAGCGUCCACACGGGGGAGAAGCCUUACGCCUGCGACCAGUGCGGUAAAAGGUUCAGCAACCCCAGCAAUCUCGAGGUACACGCGAGGAUUCACUCGAGGGAGAAACGCUACGGGUGCAACAUCUGCGGCAGGAGGUUCACUCAAUCCGGCAGCCUCAAGCUGCACCGACGGGUCCACACUGGAGAGAAGCCGUAUUGGUGCGCGGUCUGCGGGAAAAGAUUCAUUUACAGCGGGGACUUCAAGAAACAUCAGAGGGGUCACCUGCCCGAUGAGCCCCGAGACUCAGGACGCUCGGAAAACACUGCUGUGAAAAUCUAAAAAAAGUCAUCGCUGGAUCACUUCACGUACUGAUACGUUAACCCUCUGAGGGCGAAAUACACACCGGAUCGUCCAAACAAUGUUUGACAAAACCCCUACUCAAAAAGUGAUACUACAGAAUUUCAUUUCAGCCAUUUAUUUACCAUUUUAAAAUCAUAUAUAACCGAAGACUUUGUUUUCAGAAGAGAUUUGGGACUUUUCAUCUUUAGCACCAAAUUACAAUAUCUCUUUACACUAGAAAAAGUGGGCGUAUGGAAAGUUGAGUUUGUUCUGAACAUUUUUAUAUGAAACACAUGGGGAUCAGUUCUAUGCAAAUACCUUAAAAAAGGUAAAUUAAGAAGAUAUGUGAAAAUGCCCUUCGACCUCAGGGAGGUUUAAAUACUGUAAACUCGAGAUCGUGCUGGGUAAUGUAACAAUAAAUACUGUGAGAUGAU